GAAAGUAUGCAAAGAGAUGAAGGAGAAUGAUAUAAGAGGUAAAAAGAAAAAAAAAUUCUAUUUAAAAUCUGGUUUUGGACUAAAACUGAGUCUUAACUCAACUGAUUUGUUCUAAAAUGAGAGAAAGUGUCCAGCAUCAAACCAGGAUGUUUGUCUUCUUCUGGAUCACUGUGUUUGUGUCUGUGAGAGGCAGCAGUGCUGACACAGGAGCUCCUCUCUGGACAUACCCAUACUGUUACAAUGGAUUCUGUAUCACUCUAAUGGAUGGACCAAUAAGAGCAGAAGCUGGACUCUGUGCUGUGAUUCCAUGUAAUUUCACUACUGGUGAUGGUUUCACACCCCAACACAUAGUUUGGUAUAAAUGUGGGCAAAAUGAAGAAAGAUGUGGUGAGUCUGACAUGAUAUUCAACACAGACAAAACCAAUGAAAAUAUUAAGUUUGGGUUCAAAGGACGAGUGUCACUGCUGGAGCCUGAUGUGAGUCAGAGGAACUGCAGCAUCAUGAUUAAUGACCUCAGCAAGUCUGAUUCUGGAUGGUACCAGCUCAGAGUUAAUGGUCUGUUGAAUGGAAAGACAGGUGGAUUUACAUUUAUACCAAAAACAAAGAUCUCAGUUACAGGUCUAAAGCAGAAGCUCACAGUGAAGGUUCCUCCACUGACAGAGGGACAGCAGACCACGCUGACCUGCACUGCUCCUGGUCUCUGCUCUGGCUCUCAUCCUAAAAUCACCUGGAUGUGGAGAGGAGCAGGAGAGAAGGACGUUUACAUACCAGGAAACAUCACUGCUGUCCACACUGAGAAUCUGACUGUGGUCUCACAGAGACACAGCUCAUCUCUGACCUUUAACCUUUCAGCUGAACACCACAACACCAAUGUUACCUGUAAGAUCAGCUUCACAGAGGACACAACUACAGAGAAGACUGUCACUCUGCAAGUGAACCAUGUGAAAGAAGUAAAAAUUAAUGGGGAUAGAGAUGUGGAGGAGGGCAAGCCUCUGAAUCUGACCUGCCAUGUUGAAAGCUUCCCUCCAUCACUUGUCAGCUGGACCAGAUCUGGAACAGCAACAUAUCUAACUAAAGAUACUCUGUCUGUCCAGCAGAACAAAUCUCCCACCUGCUUGGAGAAGGAAAGAAUUUGUUCUUUAUUCAUUUCUAACUUGACAGCAGAAGAUUCUGGACUUUACAUCUGCAAUGUAAAACAUCUGAACAACACCAUGACUAAAGAAGUCAACAUAACAGUGAUCUAUAAAAGGAAAGUUCAGAUCUCUGGCAGAACAACUGUAAAGACAGGAGAUGCUCUGAAUCUCACCUGCAGCAUUGAAAGUUUCCCUCCAUCACUCAUCAUGUGGACUAAACAGAGUUCCAGCACAAACCUACAAAGUGGAAUCAGCCUCCUCAAUGACACUGGAUCAGCCACUCUUGUCAUCUCAAAUGUGACAGCAGAGGAUUCUGGACAGUACGUCUGCACUGCAAAACAUCUCAAUACAACCAUGACGGAGCUAACUGAUGUAACAGUAACUUAUAAAAGGAAAGUUCAGAUCUCUGGCAGAACAACUGUAAAGACAGGAGAUGCUCUGAAUCUCACCUGCAGCAUUGAAAGUUUCCCUCCAUCACUCAUCAUGUGGACUAAACAGAAUUCCAGCACAAACCUACAAAGUGGAAUCAGCCUCCUCAAUGACACUGGAUCAGCCACUUUUUUCAUCUCAAAUGUGACAGCAGAGGAUUCUGGACAGUACGUCUGCACUGCAAAACAUCUGAACACGACCGUAACGGAGCUAGCUGAUGUAACAGUAACUUAUAAAAGGAAAGUUCAGAUCUCUGGCAGAACAACUGUAAAGACAGGAGAUGCUCUGAAUCUCACCUGCAGCAUUGAAAGUUUCCCUCCAUCACUCAUCAUGUGGACUAAACAGAGUUCCAGCACAAACCUACAAAGUGGAAUCAGCCUCCUCAAUGACACUGGAUCAGCCACUCUUGUCAUCUCAAAUGUGACAGCAGAGGAUUCUGGACAGUACGUCUGCACUGCAAAACAUCUCAAUACAACCAUGACGGAGCUAACUGAUGUAACAGUAACUUAUAAAAGGAAAGUUCAGAUCUCUGGCAGAACAAUUGUAAAGAAAGGAGAUGCUCUGAAUCUCACCUGCAGCAUUGAAAGUUUCCCUCCAUCACUCAUCAUGUGGACUAAACGGAGUUCCAGCACAAACCUACAAAGUGGAAUCAGCCUCCUCAAUGACACUGGAUCAGCCACUCUUUUCAUGUCAAAUGUGACAGCAGAGGAUUCUGGACAGUACGUCUGCACUGCAAAACAUCUGAACACGACCGUAACGGAGCUAACUGAUGUAACAGUAACUUAUAAAAGGAAAGUUCAGAUAUCUGGCAGAACAACUGUAAAGAGAGGAGAUGCUCUGAAUCUCACCUGCAGCAUUGAAAGUUUCCCUCCAUCACACAUCAUGUGGACUAAACAGAAUUCCAGCACAAACCUACAAAGUGAAAUCAUCCUCUUUAAAGACACCAGACCAGCCACUCUUUUCAUCUCAAAUGUGACAGCUGAGGAUUCUGGACAGUACGUCUGCACUGCAAAACAUCUGAACACGACCGUAACGGAGCUAACUGAUGUAACAGUAACUUAUAAAAGGAAAGUUCAGAUCUCUGGCAGAACAACUGUAAAGAAAGGAGAUGCUCUGAAUCUCACCUGCAGCAUUGAAAGUUUCCCUCCAUCACUCAUCAUGUGGACUAAACAGAGUUCCAGCACAAACCUACAAAGUGGAAUCAGCCUCCUCAAUGACACUGGAUCAGCCACUCUUUUCAUCUCAAAUAUGACAGCAGAGGAUUCUGGACAGUACGUCUGCACUGCAAAACAUCUGAACACGACCGUAACGGAGCUAACUGAUGUAACAGUAACUUAUAAAAGGAAAGUUCAGAUCUCUGACAGAACAACUGUAAAGAAAGGAGAUGCUCUGAAUCUCACCUGCAGCAUUGAAAGUUUCCCUCCAUCACUCAUCAUGUGGACUAAACAGAGUUCCAGCACAAACAUACAAAGUGGAAUCAGCCUCCUCAAUGACACUGGAUCAGCCACUCUUUUCAUCUCAAAUGUGACAGCAGAGGAUUCUGGACAGUACGUCUGCACUGCAAAACAUCUGAACACGACCGUAACGGAGCUAGCUGAUGUAACAGUAACUUGGUUUUCAAAGAUCCUGGAUGGUUCUGGAUGUGUGCAUCAGUCGGGGGUCCUGACCUGUGUGUGCAUCAGUGAAGGGUUUCCUUUACCCUUCAUCAAAUGGCCGCUGCUGCAAAAUCACAGAGAGUAUUCUGUUAUUACCAUGGCGUCAGGCUACACUGUCAACAGCACUGUGACCCUAACAGUUAAGCACCAUGACAACAUGACUAUUGAAUGUGUCAGCCGCAAUGACGAUGGUGAAGCUAAACUAAACUUCAGCAUCCAGCAAAACAUACCAGAAAAAGAAGUAACAGAUGAAUUCAGAAAUAUUCUAGAAAAAGCACCCUGGCUGGAAAUCGUCAUUGCCUUUCUGAUUGGGGUUGUCCUUACAGCCUCCACUUGCUGUUUGACCAUAAAAUGCUUCAGAAAACAACAGAAGAGCUCUGGAAAUUUGGAUGAGACUCUGGAGAUGGUGACUAGAAAUGAUCCAUUGAUAUAUGAUGGACAAGCAGGAGAAGAUCAGACUUGCAUCCAAGAGGUACUUGAGAAUGGGGCUGUGGUAGCAGAGAAAUCCAUUUCUGAGCCCAACUCUGGGCCACGAGAAGUGGUGUAUGCUAGCAUUGACCUUUCCUUGUUGAAAACCAAGAAUCCCAGGGAGGCAAGAAAGGAGCAAGACAACACAAAGACAGAAUAUGCUGAAAUUAAGACAGAAAGAAGAGAGAAUGAAGAAGAAAAUGGUGGAAAGGAAGGUGAAAUAUUGGAGGACAAAGAGGAGGAGGUGAUGAUGGAGGAAGUUGAGGAGGUACAACAUUUUGUCACAGAAGAGGAGAAAGAGGCAGAGGAGGCGGUGUACUCCAAUGUAAAAGAUCUAAUGGUUGAGAUUUGAGGACUGUGGUCAGAUGUGAUGGACAGAUUGCAUUAGUGACUCAACUCUCACCAGCUACCACCUGGCUGCUAUGUUCAAAGAAAAAAUUGUAAACUGAGAUUCCUGAAAUAUUCAUACGUUCAUUUAUAUACAGUCUUUAUAUUCCAGUACACGUUGCAGUUAAAUUAAUCAGCACAGACAGGAGGAUGGACUUUUUGUUUUUUAAAUCUUUAUUACAUAAAUGCUCAUGUGUGGUGUGAUCCCACUUCUGUCACCUCUUUUCAAAGAGACAAAAUACAGUUUUGCUUUAGAUGUUUUAGGAUAACCUGUUAUUUAAGUUUCCACUUCACCAUUUAAAAGAUCCUUUUCAAUGGAUAAGAUGAUUAUCUGAUGAAGGAAUAAAAUAGGUCAUCUAAAUAGUCCAGUAUGUUCAUCAAGAUGGUUCAAUCCAUCAGUGAUUUCCAGCUGCAAAAGUCUUGAGUAAUUGUAAUAUAGAGGUUUUGCAAUUAGCUUUUUUCCCUCUUUAACUAGUCAUAAAAUCAGAUCUGGCAGCCAUUUAAAGGAGAGACAAAUCCAAUAUUCUUGAGCAAAUAACACAGGAAUAAUAGUGCAAGUGUGCACAUAGUGUAGAUAUUUUUGCUUUUAGCACGUGCUGAGUGACAGACUAUAUUUAGACAUAUACUAUAUAUUGCAACCGGAUAGGUGCUGCUAAGAAGGAAGCAACAUGGCCCUCAGGAGUUGAACCAUGCAGAGGAUGAUUUGCUUGGUUUAAAUGUAGCUUGUGCAAGAAGUAGGCUGAUGACAUUUUCAUCACAAAGAGGAUAAACAUGAAAAUAAAAAAAAAAAAUAAAAAAAAAAAACCAACAGGGGAAAAGCUAAUUUCUCCUGUUUUAGUUAGUUGUAGUAAAAAUACAAUUUACAGCUCCAAAAGAUGAUCCUCGUUAUUUUUAAUAUUUAGUUUCAUUCCAUCACAAAUUAAACCUUUGUCCUGACUGACUUCUAUCCUUUCUGUAGAAAGGCAAAUAAAGGUUUAACAUAAGCAAGACCAGCCCACAGCUUAAAUGUUUUAUAUAUUUUUUUAUGUCACCCCCAUGUGGAAGCAACAUGCUACAGAUGUGUGUGUAUUUUUUUUACCAAGCUGCAUGAAGCACCACAACAGAGCUGUGGGUUACUUAUGUACAGUGAAGAUAAGGAGUUGCAAGUUCCUUUCAUUAUGUGUGGUGGAUUUUUUUUGUCAAGCAAGUUUACUUAUAUUGUUAUUUUAUACAUUAUUUGGAUAAAUCUGCUAAAAUUUUUAAUGUGUUCAAUUAUUUUUGCUAAACUUUUUGUUUGUUUGUUUUAGAAAAACUGCAAAAAUAUACCACUUUUAUUUGCAUUGUAGUGUUAAUGUGAUUUUAAAAUAACCUUUGACAUAAUCCCAUCUUGAAAUAAUGACUGACCAUAGCAAGCAAAGAUUACAUAGAUAGUCAUGCUGUGAUGGGGAUUUUAAUAUUUUCCUAUGUAAACCUAUGAGAAUUUAUACUGUUUGUAAAGUGCUUUGAUAUUAACUUUACUGUGGGAAGGAAGAAAAUAAACAGCACAUCAGACAGCUCAUUCAGACUCAGCAGGAAGUGACGUACAACCGACCAGUGGCCAGGUUACGUUUAUAGACAGACUCAAAACAAUGUCUGCUUCUAGAAGUGAAUGUUUACUAUGCAUACUGUCUGGAAAUGAAGUAUACAUAAUUCAAUGUAAAAUAAAUCUUUUUUUUUUCUUCUCAAA